CUUCUUGACAAAUGGAUACUACAAGGCUGUUGUCGUCGCAAAAGCCUACCAACUACGAUGCGGUUGCUGUCAGGAUUGGAGAUUCACUACCGGCUGUUCGACCGCAGCGAGUUGUCGCCUUGGACUUGCUUCGUGGCCUGUUGAUGGUAUUGCAGUCCAUCGAUCACGCAAAAGCCGCCUUCACAACUUGGUACGGCCCACACGAGUGUUGGUACGAACUACCUUCCUACGACGAAGCCUGGCAGUUCAUCCUACGACUCAUGACACAUCCCUGCGCUCCUGGAUUUGCCAUGCUGAUGGGAAUAGGUGUGACGUACUUUGUUCGCUCUCGAAAGGCAUUGGAAUGGAGUGACGGCAAAUUGCUUUGGCAUUUCUUUGUACGUGGCUCGGUCCUUGUAUUGAUCAAUCUAUUCCAGUCCUGGGGAAUGGGAAAAAGUUUUGGCAACGAUCAAAUUCAUUUUGCAACCACUGUGUUACAUGCUCUAGGUGUCAACUUUUUCUCCUCUGCUGUAAUUCUCAUCGCAUCCAACCACCUUUACUCUCUCAUCAAGCGUUCAUUGAGUCGUCGCGAUGAAAUCAACAUUGAUGCCACAUCCAAAGCCGACAAACGUGCCAAUGAUAUUCGUAUCCUUAUCAUUUUUGAAUUAGCAGCGGCUUUCAUGAUCUUGAAUUUGUUUAUUGUGCCCGCAGUCUCGGCGAAGGAUGGUGUCAUUGAAGGUUACGGCUGGUGGAGAUACUUUGUGUAUCUUCCUGGAUUGGCUAGCUUUUUCAUAUCCCUAUACCCUGCUGUCAAUUGGCUUGGACUGACACUCUAUGGUGUUGGCUUUGGCUUACUUAUGAUCCGAGAUAAGCGUGAUAAUCGUCAGAAUGCAAAGUUCAACACGCUUUUUGCACUGGGAUGGUUCAUAUUCUUCUUGAUAAUUCGUUUUAUUGGUGGAUUCGGCAACAUCAACCCAUUCUUAGUUGGAGAAUCAGGUGUAGCAACUGCCGCUGGAAACCCUUUCCUUACAAACUGGAUUACCUUCUUUAAUACCAUCAAGUAUCCUCCGGAUCUUGCCUACACCGCCCUUUUCCUCACUGUUAAUCAUCUCUUGCUUACCGCUUUCUUCUUGGUCCCCACUGGACCUGAUGCCAACAAGUAUGUGAGUGCCAUCAUUACUAAUGGUCCUCUCCUUGACUUUGGUCGAUCCGCUCUGUUCUUCUACGUCCUUCAUUUCUACCUUUACUUUGGAUCCGCCGGACUCAUCGGCAUGCUUUUCCCUGAUCUUAAGAGUCCCAAGGGUACACUGGCUAUGAAUGGAUGGCAAUUCUUUAUCACCUGGUCCAUUGGUCUUAUUAUCUUAUGGGUGCUGUGCAAGCGCUACGCUAGAUUCAAAGCUUCGCGCGGCCCGGACUCUAUCUUCCGAUUCUUUUAGAUGAUACAAACUGUAUUCACCGUAGACGGUGUCAUGAAUAAUGAAAUAAAUUCAACUACUAUUUUUUUUAAAAGGAAAAG